CUUCAGUCAAGAAACCACAGCAGAGUUUCUCAGAGUGGGAAGAAAACAGCUAUCCAAUCAACCGUUGAACAGAUAGUGCUGUUUCUUCAGCUCCUCCAAACCAGUCCUUCCUUGGGCGUAAAAGCGCUGCUGCCCGGGGUACUACUACUACUACAACAACAACGACAGCUAAAUGCUGUAGGAGAUAAUUCGAGGGAAACAGUUCAACUAAAUCAUCAUGGGUGGAAAAAGCUCAAAACAACCAUUAAGAAACAAUGUCCCCGAAGCAAAAGCUCGGCUUUUUCAUUCAUUGGGAAAAAACACACUUGACAUUGCCAUCACAGGGGAAUCUGGUGCUGGUAAAUCAUCUCUUAUCAAUGCCCUGCGGGGCAUGAUUAACGAUAAUCAAAUAGGUGCAGCUGUGACUGAUGUGAUAGAAAGUACAAUGGAACCAAUGGCAUAUGUGCACCCCGGACAUCCAGAAGUAACACUGUGGGAUCUCCCAGGCAUAGGAACAAAUACGUUUACAGCAAAGGAAUACGUAAAAGAAAUGAAUUUUCACAUAUAUGAUUUCUUCAUUAUUGUUGCUAAAGAACGCUUCACCGAGAUAGACGCUACACUGGCCCAUGAAAUUCAGCGAAUAAAGAAGAGCUUUUUCUAUGUGCGCACAAAUUUGGAUUUCGAUAUGAAUUCUGAAAGAAGGAACCCACAUUUCAGUGAGGACAAAACGCUAGAGAAGGUGAGGGAAAACUGCUGUGAAAAUUUGAGAAAGACAGGCGAGUCUUCCCCAAGGGUUUUUCUAAUAUCCAGGUGGGAUUUGAAGAAGUUCGAUUUUGAAAGUCUUGAAAAGGCCCUAUGGGAUGAAUGUGACAAGCUCAAGAGACAUACCUCAACACUGCUCCUGGACCAAGAAAGGAAGAGAUGUGAUAAAUCAAGUAAACCUUCACUAAGAGCUAUCCUGGGUGGUGCCAUCUCCAGAGCCAUCUUAAAAAUUGACCUUAAAGAACUGAAGACAGCUUUGGAAAAAAUGGAUAUUCAAGAUGUUAUAGCUCAAAGCCUUCAAGAGUUGGACUUACUGGAAAGGACCACACUUGACAUUGCCAUCACUGGGCAGUCAGGUGCUGGCAAAUCAUCCCUUGUCAAUGCCCUGAGGGAUAUGACAGAUUUUGAAGGGAGCUCAGCUGAGACUGGGGUGGUACAAACAACAAUGGAAGUAAAGGAAUAUCAACAUCCCUUAUUCCCCAAAGUCACGAUAUGGGAUCUACCAGGAAUUGGAACACCUGAGUUUAAAGCAGAUGAAUACCUAAAAAAGGUAGACUUUAAGAAGUAUGAUUUUUUCAUCAUCGUUGCUUCCGGGCGUUUCACGGAGCAGGACACCAAGCUGGCCUGUGAAAUUCAGAAAAUGGGCAAGAGGUUUUACUAUGUGCGCACCAAAGUGGAUGUCAGUAUUGAUUCUGAAAGUAAGAAACAGAACUUCAGUGAGGAGAAAACCCUUGAGAAGAUAAGGAAUUAUUGCUGUGAUAAUUUGAAGAACGUAGGGGAGUCUUCCCCAAGGGUUUUUCUAAUUUCAAGGUGGGAUUUGAGUCUGUAUGAUUUCCCUUUCCUGCAUGACACUUUGGAGAAGGACCUGGAUGACCUCAAGAGACAUGCUUUAAUAACAGCUAUGCCAGCUUUCUCAAGUGAAAUGUUGACAAAGAAAAAGGCUGCAAUGGAGGCCCUGAUAUGGAAGUUAGCACUUGUGUCUUGUUUUAUUGGGGCUGUUCCUGUCCUGGGCCUCUCUUUCGUUUGUGAUAUUGGCAUCUUGGUGGGAGCUAUGAUACAUUUGUGCAAGGUCUUUGGCUUAGAUGAAGCUUCCCUCCGUUCGCUGGCAAACCGGGUUGGCAAACCUAUCCAUGAACUGAAGUCGGCUAUCAAAAACACCCCAGGAAUCAGUGAAAUCUCAAAAGAACUGGUAGUUGGCCUCUUGUCAAAGUCAUUGUUAUGUACGUCACUGACGGUGAUCGAACUGAUCUGUGAUUUUGUACCUGUGUUGGGCUCUAUAGUUGGAGGAGUUAGUUCUUUUGCAACCACAUUCUUCAUGCUGAGAAGUUUUCUGCAAAAUGUCGUGGCAGAUGCUGUAAAUGUUCAAGCAAAAGCUGCCAAGAGUUAGGAGUUCUGACUAAAGAUCCAAGUCUAUGAACCAUUCACAGGAUCAACUGUGAAACAUGGGGGGGGGGGGAGGAAAUUGGACUGGGAUUUCUGAUUAGAAGCUUUCUUCCUGCUUUAGCUAAUGCCAAGAUUGAAAAAUAAAACCAAACAAAUGGCAAAUAAAGAAUAUUGCUAUGCAGAAGUGCCUAGAUAGAGUAUGCUUCAGGGGUUUAUGAUUCAAUGUAUCUGACGGAAGAGAAAAACACUAGGGGUGUGCACGGACCCCCCACUCCGCUUCACUUUCAGAUCCGCCAUUUUCGGAUCGGGCCGCUCCGCCCCGCCCCCACUCCGCCUGUGCCCACUCCGCUCCGCUCGGAGCUCCGGAUCCGGAUCGGAGCUCCGUUCCCCCCCCAUAGGGGGGGUUACCGGGCCCUGCCGCCAUCGCCGCCCAUGCAGCGACGGCGGCAGAGCCCAGUAAGGGACCAAGGGAGAGGGGGACUUUACCUGCCUCCGUCCGCGGUCCGUCGCCGUCUUCAAUUGAGCCUGUGGUUCCACCAGGAAGUCUGGGCCGCAAGUGGCCCAGACUUCCUGCUGGAACCAUGGGCUCAAUUGAAGACGCUGACGGACCGUGGAUGGAGGCAGGUAAGGGAGAGGAGGGCGGGGGGACAGCAGCAGGGGCCGGUAAACCCCACUUACCUUUCUGGCGGAGCUCCGGAUCGAGGUGAAGGAUCCGCCUUCACCUCGAUCCUCUUCGCCACGCUCCGCCGGCCCCCCAAUCCUCUUCGCCUCUGCCUUAAGGGCAGGCGAAGCCCCCUGCUCCGCUCCUGCUUCUACGGUCCGAUUAGAAGCGGAGCACAUCCCUAAAAAACACUAUGCGAAUCCAAUGGAAAAGAGAUAGUCUCUAGUGUUGGAAAAUAGAAAAAGGGUUUUAUUUUUUGCUACGUAUAUCUUCAAUCUUUAAAAAUUGUAUUGUUGUAAAAGGACUUAAUGUAUAAGAGACUAUCUCUUCUUUUCCAUUCAAUGUAUCUGACACCGAGAAGCUACAUGGGGAAUGAUUUAUCAGGGACAAGCAAGAGAAGCACAGGCAGUACAUUUCAGAAAGAUAACUGUUGUUCAAACACUCUAUGCAAGCCUUUGAUAUUGAUUGUUAGAUUGAGAGGAACCUAGGUUUAACUAUGUUAUCAAUAUGCUUGCUACUAUUUUCAUUGAUCAUAACUUGUGUGUAUUUAGGAAUGUUUGUGAUCUGCCUAAUCUGCCCUUAGACUGAGCAAUAAAAAUGUAUUCUUUGAUACCA